AUGCAUCCGGUAAUUUAUGAAGGAGAAGUAAAAGAAAGGUUAUUUGCUUUAUUAAAAGUUGUCGAUUCAUCAGGAAAUGGCUACUAUGAUAUGUUAAAAAAACUUUUUUCUGAACAUUCCAUUAAUUUUAAUCAUAUUAUUGGUGAAUCAUUUGAUGGAGCAGCUAAUAUGAGAGGGGAAUAUUCAGGACUACAAUCUAAAAUUAAAAGUCAAGAAAAUCAAAAAAGUGUUUAUAUAUGGUGCUAUAGUCAUGUGCUUAACUUAUGUGUAUGUGAUACUUGUAAAAGCGUAGAAGCUAAAAAACUGUUUGGAUUUUUGAAUCGAUUAUCAACAUUUUUUAGUGAUUCUUAUAAACGUAUGCACAUAUGGUUAAGUGAAAUUGAUUCAAGUUUGGGGUCUAAUAAAUUGAAAAAACUUCAAAAAAUAGGAGAAAACAAUACGCGAUGGUGGUCGCGAGAAAAAGCACUGUUUUGGAUUUUUGAUGGUGAUAAAUAUCUUUUUCCUACAGUUGUAAGUGCUUUGCAUCAUAUUUCUAUUUCUAGAAAUUUUGAACCUAAAACAAGAGGUAUGGAUUUAUUAUCAGCUUGGAGUAUGAUAGAUUCUGUUAAACAAGAAAUUGGACAUUUAACCUCUGACAAUAUUUUAGAAAAUUCUGUACAUUUUUCCAACAAUAUGAAUGACUUACUUAAUAGUAUGAAUCUUCCGGAUGAUUUAUUAAUACCAAGUACUUUACCUAUUACUAGGCAAAGCAGAAAAAAAAGAAUGUAUGAUGAGCUAUGUGCAGACGAAACACCAGAGUUACCAUUAGACAAGUUCAGACUUGAAACUUAUCAAACAAUAGUUGAUCAGAUUAAUAAUAGUUUAAAUGAACGCUUCACCGACAACAACCAAUUGAUAGCGGAUGUUCAAUACUUGAUACCUAAAAAUUUUAAACAAAUAGAACAAAUGCCAAACACAGCUUUAAAACACUUGGCCAAUUUAACAAAUUUAGAUCACAUACAACUUUGCUUAGAACUAAAUAAUUUUUCUUAA